UUGGGGAAUGAAUAGAAAUGUUGCAUCACCAACGGAAAAGGGCGGACACCGGCAGUGACGGACCUGGGAGACAAAUGAAUAGACAUGCUAUUUUGCCAACAGAAAAGGGCGGACACCAGACACCAGCCUUCCUGGAGUGAGCACCUCGUCCGCAUAGCCUCUGCAGCGAUUGCUUGCUACUGUACGCGGCAAACAAACAGGAUGUUCAUCGGAGACUGUGCCUACUUGCUAUGGCUUAUUGAAGGUGGUCGAGUGACAAUGAUGAUGGAUCAUUUUUGCCAUAUUCCGGUAUACCUCCAGAAGCAAUCCUUGCGCAUGUGAAAGUCUUUUGCGCAACGUUGGAAGGGCUUUUACGGGUGCUGCCUAGCAAUCUGCAUCUUGACUCUGAGCUUAUUGCGUUUUAUUUCGCAACGAUCGGAAGCUAAGUACUUUAUCUUUCAUAGUUUAUCCUUUCUUUCCGUGUUUCACUGAGGAGACGCAACGAUGGUGCAAUUAUCGAUGCAAUUGCGGAGGACACUGCCAUUAAAGCUGCAGACAUGAAAGACGACGACGGCGGCGAAGGAAAAGGUAGACCUUCCAAGGACGGCAAGAUGGUACUGGACAAGGAGGUUGAGACCAGGCUGAAGCAGGCCGGCUACAGGUGGUUCAGUGUCGCCAAUGGUGCUGACAAGAGACGCGGGCAGAUCAUGUCUCAAAAGCGCAGCCAGGAGCGUGAUGGACUGGCACCUCGGGCAACAGCAGAUCUGUGCAUUAGCAGCUGCCUGCUGGUGCCUGGACGACGUGAGGUGCCCGUUGUCGAUGAAGUGCGCAAGGAGGUUCCGGGUAACAUGCUGGUGCUGGCAGAGUGCAUUCAGAGACACUGUGAGCAAAGUCAGGAACUGCCAGAGGCGCUCCAGCGAACACUUCGAGGCCUAACAGAGGUCAAGGGUUCGUUGGUGCGCACCAAUCGAACUGCUGAUGCCAAAGAAUGGCAGGAGUUUGCUGCAGAGUGCUUCAAGGACAUAAUGGUGUCCCCAGAGCUAACUGCAUGGCUUUGUCGUGAGAUUCCGGAGAGUGUUGAAGACGAAGAACAUCAGGUCAAACAAGCCUUGUGUGGUGGCUUGUGCCUGGCAGUCAACUGGAAGGCUCAAAGGAGUGACGACCCUGAGCGCUUCAGCGACGUGGCCGUACAAGCCACGGCUUCCAAGGUCUCUGAGUCUUGUGCGAGCCCCGUCGUGUACUUGGCGACAGAGGAUGACGAGAUCUCCGUGAUGAUUUGCAAGUUGACAGCCGCAGACGUGAACUUGUAUGAGCUCGCAAUCCAGCUGCUUGAAGAGGCACCGCCUUCGGCUUUUGAAGCUGACCGAGCAGUGUCUCAGGUGAGACUGCCAAGGAUUCAGCACUGCUGCGUUGCUGAAGCUGCAGUUGGCGAGUCGCUGGCCAACACCGAGUUUGACUUUGCCUUUUCCCGAGAGCUUUUUGGAUUGAGGUUCACAUCUCGUGGCACUCCUCUGGGAGCGUUGCCGAUUUCUCCACCAGAGAAGGUUCUGACUCUUGACACUGACUUCCUUUUGGCGGUUUGGCACGAAAAGUACACGGAUUUGCAGGUGAGCGGGGCCACGGCCGCAGCCAGGGCCAUCCCUCUCUUCGUGACUCGUGUGCGCCCGUAGAGACGCCCAUAGAGACGUAGAAGACGCCGUAGAGAGCGACUAGUCGUGUGCUUUUGGAGCCAAUGAAAAAUCAAAGUCUUGCAAUAGCAUCUACUAGAGAGAAUAUCAAUUUUUAUAUCAGAAUUCGUUUGAGAGAAUUCGUUUCGAAUUAGAGUCCCGCUAAAAUUCAGCGGGUUGGCACAUUUUGGUGCCAUCGAGUCCUGACCGGAACAAAUCAGAGGAUCUCUCAGUGGCAGGUUGGAGGCCAUUGCUAGUAGAUUGGAG